AUGGAUUUUAUUACAUUACAGCGACGCCAACCAGUGAGGUGCCGAAGCCCACAUGGUGUCUCUGACAAGGCAGUAGCAACGCGCCUCAGCGACACCCUUCAGCAGCAACAGCAGCAGCAGCAGCAGCAGCAGCAGCAACAGCAGCAGCAGCAGCAGCAGCAGCAAGAGCAGCUGCAGCAGCAGCAGCAGCAUCACCAGGUACAAGCAGCAGCAGAAGCAGCAGCAGCAGCAGAAGCAGCAGCAGCAGCAGCAGCCGCAGCAGAAGCAGCAGCAGCAGCAGAAGCAGCAGCAGCAGCAGAAGCAGCAGCAGCAGCAGCAUCACACGAAGCCCACAUGGUGUCUCUGACAAGGCAGUAG